AUGUCGACCAGCUCAGAGAAGUGUCCAGUCGACCAUGCCUCUCUCUCUCAAUCUGGCGCUGCGUGUCCGGUAGACCACAAGCCCCGCUCAACAUGGGCAAAUCUCCUGGGCCCAAGUACAGCUGUUCCUCCAAAUGCCUCCGACUCUUCGCACCAUCUCGCGCAGGACCGCGAAAUAUCCUCGAUCCCUAAGCUCGAUGGAAGUAAUUGGGUGUACCCCUCUCAGGCGCAGUUCUACGCUGCUAUGGCACGCAAAAACCACAACCCCCAGUCAUCAGACAUGAAAGUGAUUGUCCCGAUUCACAAUGCCGUUAACGAGCGUGCUUGGGCAGAAGUUAUGAAAUGGGAGGUCGGACAAGGAGGUGACAAGUGUGGUGGUGUUAAGCUUGUGAGCUUUAAAGGACGACCAAAGGAAUUGACUCCAAAAGCGCGGUGGCGGACGCUACUUGGAUAUUCGCCCCCAUUCGACCGCCACGAUUGGGUCGUUGACCGCUGUGGCAUACGCGUUCGUUAUGUUAUCGACUUUUACACUGGUCAUAGUGCGGGUUCUCCGGCGAACAAUCUCUCCUUUUAUCUAGAUGCUCGUCCUGCCUUGGAUAAUUGGGAUGGAGUAAAGAUGCGCGCACAACGGUUGUGGGAGCGAUGGGUUGGAAAGCCAUGGAACAGCCCAGAGCACACGCAGUGA